AUGUCUCUCAACAGAUACAUCAGGAUUGCCGAUAGAAUGGUCGAGUUCGAGGCUUUCCUUAACGAUAAGCAGGCUCCCAUGUCCUCAUCGUUUCUCCUCGAGACACAUAUGGAGGAAUUGUCCAAAACCUGGGCGGAAUUUAGAAUCUCUUACGAGCAGUGCUUACAGGAUAUUGAAAGUGAGGCGGACGGGGAAUUAGAUGGGAAGGGCAAUUCGGAUGAGGCCUCGGAAGUGACUAUGGUCAAGGCAAAAUACAAUAGCACCUAUUCAACGUAUUGUCGAUGCCAUGCACAAUUACAGGAACUGCACUUCGCGUUAAUGUCCCCAAAGCAAACCCGGAGUCCUCAGUCAAUUCCUUGCCCGAACACUGGACUCAUUACGGGCCCUUGCCCACAACCUGGGUUCAAACUGCCCCCUUGCGAGAUACCUCUGUUUAGUGGUGACUACUCAUCGUGGCCCACAUUUAGGGACGUGUUUACGGCGGUCUGUUCGAAGAAUUCAAGGUUAAGCGCAGUUGAAAAACUCUUCCACCUUAACCAAAGGACCCAAGGAGAACCCCAUGACAUAGUCAGCAAGUUCCCCCUGACCAAUGAGAACUUUGAACUGGCUUGGAGUAACCUUUCCUCUCGAUACGAGAACAAGCGGGUCCUGGUUAAUAUCCAGUUGAAAUCCCUGUUUAAUCUCCCACAUAUCACCACGGAAUCUGGAGACUCGAUUAAGAAGCUUCAGAGGGAUAUGAACUCUUGCAUCUCAUUACUUAAAUUGUAUGAUAUAGAUGUUGAGAGCUGGGGACCGAUCUUUGUGUUUAUUUGUUCAAACCGUCUUCCGGAUACUACGCUCACGCUGUGGGAGCAAUCAUUACCUGACAAGACCGGGAUUCCGGAAUGGUCUGAGUUAGAUAGUUUUCUGACGAGUCGGCAUCGAACACUCGAAUCCGUGUCGGAGAUUAGGAGAAAAUAUACCGCAGUCCCCAGUGGGAAUUCUGUAUCGAAGGGCAAGUCCAGUCCGAAUCCGAACAUGAAGAAUAUUCGGGCAUUCCAGAACAAUGUGAACCAAACCAAGUGCGUACUAUGUCCGACUGAACUUCAUGUUAUAAGGAAAUGUCCAAGGUUUUUGAAUAUGGAUGUUGCCCAUAGAUUUGAUGAGAUUAAGAAGAAUGCUCUGUGUAUAAAUUGCUUUUCGAAAGUGCAUACCUUGAAAAAAUGUACUAGCAGGUUUUCAUGUGCGAAGUGCAAUAAACGGCAUAACACCCUACUUCACCGCGAAACUAGUAAUCCCCCUUCUGAUCCACCGGUCGUCAGCUCAAAUGCUACCCAGGCUGUAGCAACUGCCUCAAAUAGCUCGAAUCAAUCUGAAAUACAGUCCACUAGUACGACCAAUCCGGUCAUACAAACUUGCUUUUCCAGCAGUUCAAGAGGAGUUCUCCUGGGCACUGCGCUUGUUAAUAUAUCCCACGGGGAGUUGACGUACAUAGCACGGGCGUUGGUAGACUCGGGUUCAGAGGGUACUUUCAUGUCUGAAAAGCUAUUCAACACACUUCGACUUCCUUUUAAACGUAGAUCUGCUACGGUAUCUGGUCUGAACAACACGAUUUCUGCAGCUGUUCAGAAGGAAUGUACCUUCACACUGGGGUCUAUUAAAGACCCAGCGAUCGAGAUUUUCACGACGGCCCUGGUGGUGCCCCAUUUAUCGGGAGAUCUCCCAUCUCGUACCAUUGACCCAUCCAUUAUUUCGGAGAUCCCGAAGAUACCCCUCGCAGAUCCCCGUUUCUUCAAGAGUUCGAAUAUCGAUCUGUUGAUUGGGGCGGAUCUACUCCCUUCCAUAAUGCUCUCGGGCAUUAUUAGGGAAAUCUGUGGGACAUUAAUGGCGCAGGAGACCGUCUUCGGCUGGAUCCUUACAGGACCAGCACCUGCUCAACCUAUCUCCACAUUUUCCACGAUUGUUUCAUAUUUUUGUGAAAUCUCCUUAGACAAGGAAAUUUCAAGGUUUUGGGAGGUGGAGGAUCUUCCACGGAAGAAGUUUUUAUCUCCAGAGGACAUAUUUUGUGAGAAUCUAUAUACCACCACAACAAGAAGAAAUCCAAAUGGCAGAUAUGAGGUAUCCCUCCCGUUCAAAUCUGAUUAUCCAGAGGGGAUAAGUAUUGGAAAAUCCAGAAAUUGUGUGUUGGCUCAGUUUUUAAGAAACGAGGCCCGUUUGAUGCGCAAUUCCAGUUUUAAAUUGGAAUAUGAUCAAGUCUUGGAUGAAUAUAUAUCCCUUGGACAUAUGUCCGAAAUUCAGUCCAAUGAUGAGUCUAACCUGACGCGACACUAUUACUUGCCUCAUCACGCGGUUGUAAAACCCGAAAGUACCACCACCAAGGUACGUGUGGUAUUUAAUGCCUCUUCUUCAUCAUCCAAUGGAGUUAGUCUCAAUGAUGUCCUUUAUACAGGUCCGGUCUUGCAACAGGACCUUACAAUCCUUAUUCUUAAGUGGCGUUUUUUCCGAUACGUCUUUAAUGGUGACAUAACUAAAAUGUAUCGACAGAUUAUGAUAAACCCGGAACAUUCUGCGUAUCAACGCAUUCUAUUUCGCCGAAGUCCGAAUGACACCAUCAAGGACUAUGAAUUGAGGACUGUCACUUUCGGGGUUAACUGUGCCCCAUUUUUAGCCAUCCGCACAAUGUUGCAAUUGGCUGAUGAUGUCCAGAUGACACAUCCACUGGCAAGUGGAAUUAUUCGAAACUCCAUGUACGUUGACGACGUCCUAUCCGGAGCUCAUUCAAUUAAGGCUGCGAUAGAAGCCAGGGAUCAGUUAAUUACUGCUUUAAAGUCCGCAGGUUUCUCUAUCCGAAAAUGGACAUCAAACUCUAAGAAAAUUAUUACCGAUCUUCCUCCAGAUCAACUACUUAAUGAGGAUUUUCUCGAACUGGAUGACAGUAGUAUGGCAAAAACUCUUGGAAUCCGAUGGAAUGCGCGGUCGGACUCCUUCUUUUUUACUUUAAGUUGUCUUCCAUCUCCAUGUCUGUAUACUAAGAGGGAAGUCCUUUCACAGAUAUCAAAGUUAUUUGAUCCUGCAGGAUGGCUUGCACCUUAUAUCAUUUUGGCCAAAAUGAUAAUGCAAGAAAUUUGGAUCGAACGUACCGAUUGGGAUGACCAAAUAACUGAGACGUCCUUGGAGAAAUGGCAGUCGUUCUUAUCUGCAUACCAGUAUAUCGAUUCUGUCAGAAUACCACGUUGGUUCGAUUAUCAGCCCGGUAGUGAAAUCCAAUUCCAUGGAUUUAGCGAUGCUUCAGAAAAAGCAUACGCAGCUGCUCUUUAUAUCCGAGUUAAGAGCAAAGAAUCCGUUUGCACCCACUUAGUAUGCUCCAAAACCAAAGUAGCUCCUCUUAAGACUUUGUCCAUCCCUCGAUUGGAAUUAUGCGGGGCUACAUUAUUGGCAGAGAUAAUAGAUCAUAUCAUUCCGCAGCUACAGAUUGAUAGCUAUUCCAUUUUUUGUUGGACCGACUCCACAAUUGUCCUUUCAUGGCUAGCCAAACCACCUUGUUACUGGACAACAUUUGUCGCAAACAGGGUGUCCAAAAUAACUCAGGUUGUUAGUCCAAAGGACUGGUAUCAUGUACGAUCGGAGUCUAAUCCUGCCGACCUUGCGAGUAGAGGCUCUUAUCCUCAGCACCUUGUUGACAACCACCUGUGGUGGUAUGGGCCAGAUUGGCUUUCGAGGCAGCCUGACAGCUGGCCAACGGUUAAUGGCGGAAUUUAUGAAGCGAUAGAUAUUGAGAGAAAAUCUAUCAAGGUCAACUUUUCCUUUUUCAGUAAUUUUGAGGAUAUUCUUGGAAGGUUUUCGUCCCUGCCGAAGGCAUUGCGGGUCGUUGCAUAUGUAUAUAGAUUCUUCUAUAGCACCCAUCCAAAUUUCCGCUCAGAUUUUCACCGGUCGUCAAAGGAUGUAUCAUCAACCGAAAUAGCUCUUAUUCAGUCAAGGCUUAUAAUAAUGAGUCAAAAGGCUAGUUAUCCAGAUGAGUACUUGAAUUUGUCCGCCAAAACGCAGAUUGAUCCUUCAAGUACAAUUCUGAGUUUAAAUCCUUUCAUCGAUCACGAAGGGGUUAUGAGGGUUUGUGGAAGAUUGACUUCAUCGCCGUCGUUGACGUACGAUGAACGACAUCCCAUUUUGCUUCCAUACAAUUGUCAAUUUUCACGCCUGCUAGUGCGAUUUAUCCACGAUAUAAGUCUACAUGGGGGUAAUCAACUGGUCCUAAAGUUGAUUCGUAUGAAGUACUGGAUCCCGAGGGCCAAGAAUCUUAUUAAGGCUGCCAUAAACAAGUGUAAACCCUGCGUUAUUUAUAGGCACAAGUGCCAUGAGCAGCUUAUGUCCUCGCUUCCGCCAGAGAGGACGGAAAUAUCUCGUCCCUUCACUCAUACCGGACUAGACUUUGCCGGCCCGUUUGACAUAAAAAGCUUUUCCGGGAGAAAUUGUCGCAUGACGAAGGGCUACGGAUCAUGUUUUACCAAAACUGGUUGCAAAUACUGCCAAGGAAAACAUCAUAGCUUACUGCAUCUGCAUCCACGAUUAAAAAAGGAUAAACCUUCACGCCGUAAGCAAAGAACUCUUCGAGGGGAACCUGAGCCUAAACCAUCAACCAGUGCUGCUGGAGCCGCACGAAACAGGUCCCAAAAAACCGAGUCAAAGGACAGGACAACACCAACCGAAACUGACUACAGUAAUACCUCACUGUCCGCAAUUCUGAAGCAAAAUCUAAUGACACUCCUUCCUACUGCCGUUGUCAAGAUACUCAGCCCCAAAGGAGAACGGACAUCCUCAGCGUGUUGGUUACGUAAAAAAAAGAGACCACAACAACAGAAUCAUGAUCAACCUACAAAUAUCCGCUACUCAAAUAUCGAUUAUAACAGUCGACCAGCCGCACAAAUCUAUAAUGUCCACAUAUUUUCGACAAACAGUAAGAAAAUGGAAGUUGAGAAGAGGGUCAUUAAUUUUGACGGCUCUGAAAAGACAAUAAACGUCGGGGAAUUCGUUUUUAGUGUGGAGAGGUUAAGGGAAGACUAUAAGUGUCGCCGGUCGGCCGAUACGGGAUGA